CGCCCCGUCUGUCAGUCUGGCCGCGGCGCGGCUGAGGGAAAGGCGGAGAGUCCCGCGCGCUCGGCGGCACCAUGUCGGAGCGAGGGGCGUCGGUGCUGGGCGGCCCCCGGGGCUCCGCGGCCGGCCCUUCGCUGCUCCAGUCGGCGCCUUGCGCCCCGCCCUCGGCCCCGCAGCCCUCGUCGGGGUCCCCGGCGCUGACUGGGAUGCCCCAGCUGGCCCCCCCGGCGGUGCCACCGCCGCUGCCGCAGCCCUCCUCGUCGCCCCCGCAGCCCUCGGCGGGCUUGGGGGCUUCGGCUCCGGGAGGAGGAGGGGCGACCCCCGCUGCUCAGGCCCCGCCGGGCUCGGCGGCCUCGGGUCGCCCCGUGCAGAUGAACCUGUACGCCACCUGGGAGGUGGACCGGAGCUCCCCCAGCUGCGUCCCCAGGCUGUUCAGUCUGACCUUGAAGAAACUCAUCAUGCUGAAGGAGAUGGAUAAGGAUCUCAGCUCGGUGGUGAUUGCCGUCAAGUUGCAGGGUUCCAAGCGGAUCCUGAGGUCCAACGAGAUCGUCUUGCCCGUCAGCGGGCUCGUAGAAACGGAACUUCAGCUGACGUUCUCGUUACAGUACCCUCACUUCCUGAAACGAGACGCCAACAAACUGCAGAUCAUGUUGCAGAGGAGGAAGCGGUACAAAAACCGGACUUUCCUGGGCUACAAAACCUUGGCGGUGGGCCUGAUCAACAUGGCCGAGGUGAUGCAGCACCCGAGCGAGGGAGCGCUGGUUUUGGGACUGCACAGCAACGUCAAAGACGUCUCCGUUCCGGUGGCCGAGAUCAAAAUCUACUCCCUGUCCAGCCAGCCCAUCGACCACGAAGGACUCAAGUCCAAAUUAUCAGAUCGAUCCCCGGACAUUGAUAACUACUCGGAGGAGGAAGAGGAGAGCUUCUCGUCCGAACAGGAAGGAAGCGACGACCCGUUGCACGGACAGGAUUUGUUCUACGAAGACGACGAUCUUCGGAAGGUGAAAAAACCAAGGAGGAAACUCACCUCCACUUCUGCAAUCACCCGGCAGCCAAAUAUUAAGCAGAAGUUUGUGGCUUUGCUGAAAAGGUUCAAAGUCUCGGAUGAGGUGGGCUUCGGCUUAGAACACGUUUCUCGGGAGCAGAUCCGGGAGGUGGAAGAAGACUUAGAUGACCUUUAUGACAGCCUGGAGAUGUACAAUCCCAGCGACAGCGGUCCCGAGAUGGAGGAUACCGAGAGCAUCCUCAGCACCCCAAAGCCCAAACUCAAGCCUUUCUUUGAAGGAAUGUCCCAGUCCAGUUCCCAGACAGAAAUCGGAAGCCUGAACAGUAAAGGGAGCCUCGGCAAGGAUGCCACCAGUCCGAUCGAAGCCUCGUCCGGGGAUAAACUCAAACCGAAUUGGACCAAAAACAUGGAUGACAACAUCAACGAAACAGACAUUCUGGAAGGGAACGAGCAGGACACUUACGGGGACUUAUCCAACACCUUAAUUAUCCCCGAAAAGGUCAAGACGCCGAUGAAAACGAGCAAGGGGGAUCUUCAGAGCAUGGCAUCGCCCAGCAAAAUGGACAGCAACGUGCACACCCCGCGUCAGAAGCGCAGUACCCCGCUCAAGGAACGUCAGCUCUCCAAGCCGCUGAGCGAAAGGACCAACAGCUCCGACAGCGAAAGGUCUCCAGAUUUAUGUCACAGUACACAGAUUCCUCGCAAGGUCGUUUACGACCAGUUGAAUCAAAUCCUCGUGUCGGAUGCCGCGCUGCCCGAAAACGUAAUCCUGGUGAAUGCCGUGGACUGGCAAGGCCAGUACGUAGCCGAACUCCUCCAGGAUCAGAAGAAACCCGUGGUUUGCACCUGUUCCACUGUGGAAUUGCAAGCUGUCCUCUCGGCUCUCCUCACCCGGAUCCAGAGAUACUGCAAUUGUAACUCCUCCAUGCCGCGUCCGGUGAAGGUGGUCUCCGUCGGGGGCCAGAGUUACCUGAGUGCCAUUCUGAGGUUUUUCGUGAAGCAGCUGGCCAAUAAAACGUCGGACUGGCUCAAUCACAUGAGAUUCCUCAUCAUCCCUCUAGGAUCUCACCCGGUCGCAAAAUACAUGGGCUCCGUGGACAGCCGAUACAGCAAUAUGUUUCUAGACACCUCUUGGCGCGACCUCUUCAGCAAACCGGAACCACCUGCGAUAGAACCCCUGGAUGUGGUGGGCCGGAUCACCCAGUACGUGAACGGGGCCAACGUCACCCACCAGCUGCCCGUGGCGGAAGCCAUGCUGACCUGCAAGCACAAAUUCCAAGAUGAAGAUUCCUACCAGAAGUUUAUUCCUUUUAUUGGGGUAGUCAAGGUGGGCCUCAUUGAAGAUUCACCCGCAGCAGCAGGCGAGGGGGACGAUUCCCCGAUCAUCAGCCUCACCGUUCCCUCCACCUCUCCCCCUUCAACUUCGGGCCUCGCCAAGGACGUCUCUGCCACCCCCCCGUCCUCCCCUUCGAUGACCAGCGGCUUGGCUGUGGUGGGGUCUCCCAGCAGCCCUUACAGCGAUGUGAUUGGCCUGCAAGUGGAUUACUGGCUGGUUCAACCCACGGAGAAGAGGAAGGAAGGGGAGAAGAAGGACAGCAGCUCCAAAAACACCCUGAAGAGCGUCUUCCGUUCGGUCCAGGUCUCGCGGCUUCCCAACAGCGGGGAGACCCAGCCCUCGGGAACCAUGGCUAUGACGGUGGUCACCAAGGAGAAGAACAAGAAGGUGCCCACCAUUUUCCUGAGCAAGAAACCCAAAGAGAGAGAAGUGGAUUCUAAGAGCCAGAUGAUAGACGGCAUCAGCCGACUCAUCUGCUCGGCCAAACAGCAACAGACUAUGAUGAAAGUUUCCAUCGACGGAGUGGAAUGGAGCGACAUCAAGUUCUUUCAGCUGGCCGCCCAGUGGCCCACCCACGUCAAGCACUUCCCCGUGGGACUUUUUGGCACCAAGCCGGCCUGAAAGGGGGAACGGCAAGGACUCCAUCGCGGCGCCACCUCCAUCCGAACCAUCCGCCAACUGAGAGCUGCGCUGAGCUCACUUCACCCGUGUCGCGUUUCCUGUGUCUCGAUCGGGCUUUGCUGGAGAGGGGUGGGAGGGAGGGAGGGUCCCAACUUCCCCCCCCCCAAAAAAAGAGGUGGGGGUUUGUUUUUGAUCCAGCCAAGGACCUGGCCCGCCGACUGCUUUUAUAAUGCAUAGCCGCCACAUCGUGCCGUGGGCCUCCGGCCUCUCAUCCGUGCUGAGUGUGCCGCCACUCGAGAACCGAUUCUUCUGAUCACUCCAGAUCUCUCUCCUGACGUCCAUUCAUCGGACCGCGAACCACUUCUCUUCCUUGAGCUGGGUCGGCACGCCGGUGCCCGAGUCUUCCGAAUGAGCCUAUCAGCGAAGCUCGUGAUCCGUGGAAAAGUUGUCUUCUUCACCUCCUCCUUGUCCCAUCCUCCGCUGAGCCAUCUCACCACCCAGGAGACACUUUCCCAAUUUUUUAAUUUGGCUCGUUUCGGCUUUUCUAGAAGCACAAAACAUGGCAAAGCUCCCGGGGGGGGGGGUUGCUUAACAACCCCGCCUGUUAGGAGGGGGACACCCUUCCCCAUAACUCGUAAAGCGGGUUAGCGGAGUGGAAGGGACAUUUCCCUCUCGUGCAAACUGGCCUUUUUCUCCCCCAAUCGGACUAGCUCCGUCUCUCCGACUAUGAAAAGCAAUGGAGAAGAUCGCCAUACCGCACGGAAAGUGGGGUGGGAAGAAUUCUUCUUGCACGAUUUAGCUCCACCUGCUAACCACCAUCUCUGGAGUGUCACCGGGGGGGGGGGGAUCCGGUAAUACAAAGGGCAAAAAGACCCCACUCCAAUCCAAAUCUCUUCCCUUUCUAUUCUUUUGACGUCUCGCCACGAAAGCCAUUCAGGGUGGGAAGGACCCCAGCCUCAUUCCUGUUCCGGUGGUUCUUUAUUUCCAAGGAAAGAAACCAAGAAUUGGCAAAAAAAAAAAAAAAAAAGACUCCCGGUGGAAUUCACACGGUCUCAAAACCCGCUAGAUUUUCCUCGUUUGAAAGUCCUCGAAUUUGGAAUACGGAUUUUGCAAUCGAAAGGUAGAACCCUGAAAAUUUAGCCCUGGAAAUUGAAAAUGGAGAUCCCUCUAUAUCUGUGCUCCAAGAAAAAAAAAUGCUUUUACGCGCAGUUUAAAUCUGAACCUAUCCCGUCUUCACGACUUCUCUCCGAUCCCGUCUUCACGACCUCGCUCUAAUCCCAUCUUCACGACCUCGCUCCGAUCCUGUCUUCACAACCUCGCUCCGAUCCCGUCUUCAUGACCUCGCUCCGAUCCUGUCUUCAUGACCUCGCUCCGAUCCCGUCUUCAUGACCUCGCUCCGAUCCCGUCUUCAUGACCUCGCUCCGAUCCCGUCUUCAUGACCUCGCUCCGAUCCCGUCUUCCCGACCUCGCUCCGAUCGGUUUCUUUCCACCCCAUCCUUUUUUUAAAUCACCCCUUUCACACUCCUCUAAAAAAAAUUGAAACCCGGAUGCUGAAAUUCCAGGGGAUAAAACAUACUAGCUUAACCUCCCCUCCUUUUAAAAAAAAAAAUUAAUUUUCCCUUUAAGUCAGCCCAGAUCUCUUGAUCUCCGUUUCAUCAGCAAUAAAACAAACAGUUCUCCUUUUUAAGGGAGCUCUCCGAUACACCCACACCGGGUGGGUUUUCCUUCCCCACCCUCCCCAAACAGGGUGUCAUCCAAUCUUUCUGACGUUCCCCCUCCCCUCACCCUUACGAGAGAGUUCCAGAGUUCAGUUUUGGGUUAAAAGGGUAAAAAAUAAUGAGAAUAAAGACUAUCCAGCAACAAAACUUUACGUCCGGUUAGCGAGAUCCCCUUGAAAUCUUGGAGGGAUCAGCCAGCUUAGAGAGGAUCUCAUUUCCUUGGUUUAAAUCUCGGUGACUACAAUCCCCAUAUUUCUAUUUAUAUUUUCCGCCCUGAUUUUGGCUCCUAUCUGCCGACCUGUUCCUCUACCCCAGCAGACCUCUGGUUCCUAGGAACCAUCAACACCAUCCCUCCCUCAAGCGCAGAGGACGUAUAUAAUUAAGCACAAUUCUGAAUUUUCCUGCUGCUCCAGAGAGAGGCUGGGAAAGGGAAUUGCCAAAACCCCCUUGCCAAAAUCUGGCAAGAAAUGGAUCCCGCCAAUCCUCGACACCUGGCCUGCUCCGAAUUCCCAUCCAAUAAUUCCCCAAGGCUUGAAGUGUCAGAGGUAGACCCUGGUCAAAAGACCCGUACUCCUGAGCUGUGGACCACCGAGCCGGUGGCUCGGAAGCCCGCGAAAACAGCGGAGAACGUCUCCCGGAUCGGAAGUCAGAGGUGGGGUGCGCUGCUACAAGUGGCUACGAUGGCGCCUCCAGGGCUCUCUUCCGUUCUGCAAAAGGA